AUGAUUGAAGUUGAAAUUAAGGGACACUAUGGUCAGUUCAUUAAGGGAUUUUUAAGAAGGAUAGUUGAGGACAAAGGCGUAAUUGUAUACGCGGAUGAUCCUUCGACGGAGGAGCUGAUUCCUCUGAGCGAGCUCAGGCUUCCUCCUGCAGAAAAAUCGGAAAUCUUGACAUUGAGUCCGCAAUUAAGGGUUGAGGCUCUACUACCUGUGACAGUGCAAGAGAAUCCGCAGGAUAACAGUUUCACUGAGGCUCUAGCGAAUUUGCAAAUCCCCCUAACUAUUCAGCAACCAGCCUCUACCUCGCGGUUGGCAAAUCCGUUUGCUUGUUUGAAUUGUCCCUCCUGGUGGCCGUGUGUAGUCACCAAGGUUCGCGACGCUCAUGCGGUGGUUCAAUUGCGGCCUGUGUUGCCGGUUGCAGAUGAGUCAGCGCCGCCGCCUCCAAAGGAGUACACGGAGCUGGCUACCAACCUUUCCGCAAUGACGGAGAUAUGCGAACGUAAAAUGCUCCGCCCUGCCACCCCGGCAGAUGCUCCCACGUUGAGUCCUGAGGCGCUCUUCACCCAUAAGAUCAACAUACCCCAUGAUCUCUUGCCCUAUGCCUCGGAUCUUGCAGUCCAUGAGAGCAUUCAACGUCAUUGUGGUGGUCCAACAAGCCUUUCCUUCGAAGACGACCAUCUAGUCGUCCUUUCAACCUCACACGAGACGAUAAGGAUAGUUGGUCUUCUCGAGGAGAUGCAUCUUCGCAUGUUGCGUCAAAAGCAUGGCAUAAUUCGCUACAUCAAUCAGGCUAAGAAAUUCCACGACGGUCUGGGCGGGCUCAAGGAUGGUUCAGCUGCGGGUAGUGGUGUUGACGGUAGUACCUGGUCUUCUGGAGACGAAGGAUCAUUUGUCGAGAUAUUCAGUGUCCCGAUUACCCUUAUGGGUUUGGCUAUCGGCGCACAAGGGGCUAAUAUUCGCGCUGCGCGCUCAAUCCCUGGAGUCUUGCGCAUUGAUGUGCGUGAACCGGCUCUGCAGCGGAAUGGUCCAUCUGCCCCUUCUGCAUCUGCCAAUGCCGCGGAUUCCGAGGGCCAAAUCCCUCAAGACUCUAUGGGAAACUCUUCAUUUACUGACCAGUUAGCACGCUUCAAAGUGGUCGCCGAGACUGCUGAAGCAGCAAAGGCGGCAAGAGCGGCGCUGGAGUUCUGCGAGAUGUGUCUCCUGGUACCCAAACGUCUGAUCGGUAGAGUGUUGGGUAAUCGUACGAACAACAUUGUGGCAAUCAGCGAGAAGUCGGGUGUGCGUAAUAUCUAUUUGGACAGCGACCCUAAGCAAAUUCCCAAAGUAUUUGAUCAAGAAUCAACGUCUGAUGGCCGUUUUCCUUACUAUGUGAAGGUCGAGGACAAGCAUCCAGAACUGGCGCCUCCGGCAGAAAAAGAUAUGGUUUCUGGUUUUACUCUCGUCGGCACUCGGGAUGCCGUUGAUAAAGCUAGAUUGCUUAUUACCUUCCAAAUCGAAUGUAUCUUCGACUUGGAGAAGCUUGAGGCAGAAAAGUUGGGUCUUUUGAGGGAGUUGCCGAUGCGUGGUGGCGGCGGACCCUUUCAUGGAGGCGUUCAACAUGAAAUAAACCAUCAAGAAAAUGGUGGACCGCAACGAGGCGGCUCGCACGGUGGUGGCGGGGCCCCUCGUGGUCCACCACCCCGUGGUGUUGGUGCCGGAGACCCCUAUCAUGAGGAAGUUCAGCGUGCUGGUAAUCAGGUGGGAAUUAUCUCAAAGAUAUCUCCUCUCCUCUUUUGUUUUGCCACGUAG